GCGUACGAUCGACGACAAACCGUGAGCACGGCCGGCCCUGGCACAGUCGGCAAAGCGAGCCGUUUUUUCAAUACCUCACAGCAACUGCAGCAGAGCGCACGCACGCUCGUCUCCCGCGCGCGAGAGAGACAACAAGAGAGAGAGAGAGAGAGAGCGAGAAAGACGGAGCCAAUAGGACCCCCCUAGCAAAAUAGGUUUCAGGUGUGUGUUGUGUGUUUCAUUUUGAAAACACAGCUCAACGACAGCGGACACACCACCAAGCAGCGGAGUGCAACGCGCGCGCGCUCGGUCAUCAUUCACAGAGAGCCUUUUCUUCUACUCGGGUCGUGUGUGUGUGCGUGUUUGUGUUUAGUGUGAAACAUAUUUUUGUGUGUUUUGUUUUUGGCGAGUGUUUCCAGUGUUGUAAUUGCAGGGAAGACUCAUAUUCCCAAAGUGCCUUUUUGACGACUUUUCUCCAACGACAGUAGUGUGUGUGUGCGUGUUUGUCCCCACAACCGCAAAGCAAUUGUUAUACAAAGAGCAAGUGACGAUAGUAAAGUGUGUGUUGUGCGUUUUUGUGCAAAUGCAGCAAGUGCAUUAGAACGGCAAUAUAUAUAUAUAUACAUAGAGAGAGCGCGAUAGUGUGUGCGGACGACAACAGUGAAAACGAACUGCACCGGGCGCCUCCACACGCAUACAAACACGCAGCGAAAACAGCAACGGAAAGAGCCGCCGGGCGAAUGGAAUAUUUUGACAGUUCCAAGCUCCAAGCAAGCGCGUAAUGUGCCGUAAACGUUCCGUAAUGAUGCUGUGCCACAAGUGUGCGAACGUGUAUCUACGUGCCUUUUAGUGUGUUUGUGCUACCAAUUGUGUGUGUGUGUGCCUUUUAUAAGUAGCGAUAAACAUAUCCGACAUAUCCACAACAAACACUUUGUGCAAAACUUUCCCGAAAAAAAAAAACAGAAACAGAAAUGGCCCACGGUUCACUCACAGUUGCCGGCAUGAUGGUGAAAAGUGAAGCGUCCCCGACCGGCCGGUCACCGUCCGCCGCCGGCACAGCGACUACCACCACCAGCCCCAGCCACAGCAACGCCGCCAAGAUGGGGUCGCGGCGCAUCUUCACCGCCCAGUUCAAGCUGCAGGUGCUCGACUCGUACCGGAACGAUGGGGACUGCAAGGGGAAUCAGCGGGCGACCGCCCGCAAGUACGGCAUCCACCGGCGGCAAAUCCAGAAGUGGCUGCAGGUGGAAAGCAACCUCCGCUCCGUCGUAGCAAACGGUGGCGGAAGCAGCAGCAGCAACAGCAGCAGCAGCAGCAGCAGCAGCAACACCGGAAGUUCUACCAACGGAGGAGCAGGCAAUGCCAACAGGGAGGCGGGGAUGAAAAUAAAUCUUCUAAAUCAUCACCAGCACCACCACCAGCAUCCGCAUCUGCCCCACGUGCAGCAGCAUCAUCCGUCGGUGCACCAUCCGGCCCAUCAUCCGCUGCACUAUCAGCCGACGGCGGCGGCCAUGCACCACCACCACCAUCAUCCGCACCAUCACCAUCCGGGGCUGACCGGGUUGAUGCAAGCGCCCUCGGUAGCGGCGGCGGCAGCAGCAGCAGCGGCCGCAGCAGCAGCGGCAGCGGCAGCACACUACCACCACCACCAGCAGCAGCAGCAACACCUGCAGCCGGUUCAUCCGCUGGCGUUCCAUCCGAUCGGUGGUCCCAUCGUGCCCCAGCAGCAGCAGCAGCAGCAUCUGAUGGACGCGGUCAGACAACGCGCGGUGCGUAAUGGCGCAAGUGCCACCGGCGGCGGUCUACUGUCACCCGUCCACACCGCCCCGGCCAUCCCCGUGUCCUCCUGUUCGCCCCUGUCCACCGCAUCGUCGGCGUCGUGCUCGUCAUCGGCCGCCGGUUCGCUCUGUCCCGCGUCGCCGUCCGCGAGCGUAUCGAACGGUGAGCAGCCGGCGUCCUCUGGCGGCGAUCCGGCAAACCCGCAGCAGCCGUCCGUCAUCUUUUCGCCCGUACCGCGGCUGGCUGGUUCGUCGCCUGCCGCCGCCCCGCCCUCACCGCCAACGUCGGCCGGGGAGAGCAACCACUACUACGGCCACAUUCGUGCGUUUGCGGCAGCGGCGGUGGCAGCAGCCGCCGUCCAGCGGUACGAUCAUCCGAUCGAUCUGUCGCGCCCCGGUUCGUCCCAGCUCGGGGGGCCCGUUUCGCCCGCAUCCGACGCCGGGUACGAUCGGCGAGUAAAGCAGGAGCAGCGCGACGAGGAAGGGGAGCUGGAAGCGGAGGAGGAGGAGGAUGAGGAAGAGGAAAUCAGCGUAGAGGAGGUGGAUGAGCCGGUAAGCAACCACGCCGCCGGCCACAGCGCGUCAGAACAGGCGUGGGAUCUUUCCUGCCGCCGGUCAAGCGAUGCCACCAGCAGCACGGUCACCUCCUCCAACAAGCGAUCCUCCUCGGCAAUGAGUGGCCCGAUCGCAACGCCCGACACGAGCCGCCCCGCCAAGUCGGUGAAACUCUUCAAACCGUACCUGCUGGAUGAGGAACCAAAGCAGCAAUCGCAGCAGCAGCAAAGGCCCGAUUCGGCCCUCGCGGAAGAUGAUAAGGAUUCGACGCGUGAAUCGCCCGCGAUCGUGGAGCAACACCACCAGCAGCAGCAAUAUCCAAUCAUCUGGAGCAACAGCUCGCCGGCGUACUACGAACCGCCGCACGCGUACGAGCUGAACCCGCCGGCCUAUCUGCUUGCCUCGCCGGUGACCGGCCUGCCGGGUGUGGCGCCCGUACCGGCGAUCGCCACCGGCCGGGGCUGGAGCUCACCGCAAGCGUCGCCCGUGUCCGGGUACGACAGCUCCACCUCGAUCUCGUCCGUCUGCAGCGGGCCGGAGGAGGACAACGCUAGCCACAGCAGCGCCUCCAGCCACGGCAGCAGCGACGGCCCGUCGUCGUCGGAGAAGCUGAAGCGGCAGGCGAUCGACAGCUUCUACCAUGAUGUGGCGUGCCGCGGGGACUACCGGGCGGUCGCGACCAAGUACAACAUUAGCCGCAAGUACGUGGAAAAGUGGCUGCAGCAGGAGGAGCAGCAGCAGGAAGAUGAUCACCACCACCACCAGCAACACCAUCAUCAUCAUGCGGAAGUGACGACAGCGGGCAGUGUGCGAGUUUCACCGCUCGUUGUUGGGUGAUUUUUUGCAGCGAAUCAAUUGCGACACGUGAAAGGUAAUGCCGUACUGGGUGCAUAGCAUUAGAAGGGAGGGAAGCAAAAGGGAGUUGCUUUAUCAAGAUAGGCCAUUUAAUCAUAUUUGUUUUAUUUAACUGAAAUGUGAUAUUUUACUAUAUAUUGUGUGAAUUAAAAGCACAGAGAGAGAUACAGGGAUGUAAAUCGAGAUGAGGAAGAUUCAGAAAACAGCACUAGAGAGAGAGAGAGAGAGAGAGAUGAAACGAGAAAGAGAUGGGAAGGAUAUCAAGUUGGACGUUGUUUUACACACCAAAUGCCAAAAUUACAACCGUCUCCAGAACAGAACGAGCAGGUCUUGUUUUGUCUGUUGGUGGCCAACAGUUCAGCAAGGGGCCGCACAGGUGGCGGGAUUAACACACCGACCGCCGCACACCUUAUUAUGCUUUACCGGGCAGGUUUUGGGUAAGGAGGCGACCAGAUCGGGAUCGCGGGAUUUCCCCACAAUUAGUCGAUCGUCACACCUCACAGGUGCCAUAAUGUUCACCGUGUCAUUAGCUUUUUCGUUUGCAAGUUCAAUCAAUAGAGAUAGAGAUAGGGACACACAGGGAUGGCCAUAAUCGACCCCGGGAUCAAUUGAGCAGAUCCCAGGUAGGGCAGUGUAGGGAUUGAGAAGCUUCGGAGAUAUGCCAAGGCAGCGUUGACAGGUAGACCGUAGCUGCGCUCUUAAAGCAAACCAAAAUGCAUUUGCAUUUUACAACACACUUAUAUGCGCCCUCUCCAAAUCAAACGUGUUGCUGCGACGAAAAAAAAGGAAAGAAGGUACAAGCGGCCGCUUAAGGAUACAACAUGGGGGAUGGGCUGCAUCUUUUCGCACCUUUUCCCUUUUCUUUGGGUAGUGCGCGUUUGCCACUUGCCUUUUCGGUGGGAAUUUCCCAAAAUCCGCGCGAAAAGGCGGGGUAGCGUAGAGCAACACACGCACACACACACCGACCGUACCGUGUACUUUUAGGACAUUUAGGGUGCAAUGUGCCAACUACCGGCGGUUUCACAUAUCAUUCAAACAGGGGGCAACGUUUUCCGUCUCUCCAGUUUCGCCGUGAAAAGGAACAACGGAGAAACAUUUUUUUUUUUGCUUUUUUAUUCCUAUUUUUGUGCCGCAAAAUAAUGCUUCGCACAUGCACUUCUUGAACUAGACCCUAUUACGCAUCGCCCUCGAUCGCGCGCUACUUGACUUUUGCUUCUGUUUUUUUUUUCUUUUUUCGCGAGCAAAUAUGUUUGUUCCGCCGAUAGGCUUUGGGGGAAGAAGAGGGUUUGAGUCACCUGUUUUGCGCUGCUUCUCUCGUAAGUGUGCACGGGACCGACCACCGUGUGUUGUCACCUUAGAACGCGCACCCCGUCCCGCGUCCCGCUUGAUUACGAUCAGUUUGACGCGCGGCGACGGGAGGGCAAAAAGAGGGAAAAAGGUUUUAUGUUUCUGGCUUGCAUCAUCAUACCUGGUCGAGUUGUGGUGUGGCGGGGUAGCUAAAAUUAGACUUCAAUUGGCAAAGUGCAAUUGUGUGUCUGUGUGUGUGUGUUGUGGCUGGCCCUUAGCACCGGAUCAAAACAGUGUGGGG